AAGUUAAGCCGUGUAUUAAACAUGCUUACGAGAAACCGAAAGUAGAUUUGUAAACAUGUUCCUCUUUACAAUAUUGGCAAUAAUUAUUGGUUUAGUUGUCUAUGUCAUUUGUGGAAAGGAAAAAGAAGUGUAUACAAGUGUUUCAGAGUUAUCCUGGUUUAAACUUGUGAUAAAAGUUGUUUACAAACUUGUAAAAUAUCGUAAACAAGGCGUUUUACAGUUGGACAAAAGUUUAGUAUACGUAGCUGGGACUGGGAAUGCGGACUGUACACUAGAAAUAUCAGCACGGAAUCAUACGAUCACAGUUCAAGGAAUCAGAGUCGACGAAGAAAACGUAGCCAAAUACAAGUUCCUGUGUGGAUACAAUGCAAAUGAUGGCGAUAUACCACUGUGCUACGCUGAAUCCUUAUUCAUGAAACCGCUGAUUGCCCUCAUUUCGUCUACGAAGUUCUCUCUGUCACCCAUUGGUCUGAUACAUAUCCGACAGAAUAUAAAACAGUUUAUACCGCUUCAAGAAUAUAUCAAAGCACAGCUUACGCUCGAAGUCUCGGUAAAGCAAUAUAGGCAGUAUGAUAGGGGUGUUGAGGUUGACAUAAAUCUCCGAGCGAUGGCCUCCAACACCUGUGUAUGGGAAGGCAUGAUGACACUAUUAUCCAGAGGUCAACGGAGUACGCCAAAGUCAAGACCACCAGGAGGAAAUAAUGGUACCUACGAAUUCGAAGAUGAUCUUGAUGUUCCGGGAAAUUGUGGUGUAGACUACGCCAAACUGACAGGGGAUUGGAAUCCACACCAUCUAUAUACAUGGAGUGCAUGGCUGCUAGGAUACAAAAAACCUAUAGCACACGGGAUGUGGACAUUGUCUAGAACCAUUGCUGAACUUCAACGUCGCUAUGAGAUGACACUGGAUGGGCAAUACGAGCUUUCGUGUGCAUUUAAGAGACCACUUUUUAUGCCAGGCAAAGCAGUAAUGAAAUAUGACGACCCCAUGCUUGCAGAUAAUUCAGUAUGUAAGAUAUUGGUGGAGGAAAGAGAUACCAGCAUUCCGCAUCUAACCGCUUCUCUGAGAAAGUUGUACUAGCUUUAGCAGAAAAUACUCUCUUCAUUAAAGGAUUGACUUGUCAGAAGGAAAGUAUGCAGGAUGUUAUCAACAUAGUGACUUCUCUCUUAAUUCAGGAAUUUGACAUGUUUGUAAAUAAAGAUUUCGUGUUUUUGCGGUGUUAAAUGGACUCAAUCAGACAGUUGCUGACAGCAAAUGAGUAAUACAUUUUGUCUGUUUGUUGAAUACACACAAUACAUUCCCAUUAUAUAUGUAUAUACGCUUUUCGGAGUAAAAAAACGGAAGAUGUAUUUGAAAGACAUUUAUAUUCAUUUGGUUAUUUAUGAUGUUUUUUUCUACUUUUUCACUUUUACCAUCUCGGCAAAGACCAUAUCAACGGUUUAAAAGAGAAGGGACAUAACUUUAUAUAAAAUCUUAAUAGCCUCAGGAGUUAUCUCCUGUGUUUUCUAGCUUGUUGGAAAAACGUACCUGAAGUAUCGAAAGUCGGACAAAACGGAAACGGUGAUCCAUCGAAAUAGAUACAGCUCAGACUUGCGGAAACAAACUUUUCUCACCGCCAUUAUUUACGUCUGGUCUCAUGUGGGUAAUACAGAACAGCAUUUCAUCGCAUCACAUUUUCAGUCUGUAAACUUGGUUGUUUUAAUGAUAACAACGAGUACAUUAUUGGUUUCAGGAACUUAAUUUUAAGGCGAAAAUGACCCAAAUUGUACAUGAGAUCUGACCUAAAACAUAUACAUAAUUUUAAAGCAUGUGACCAUUUUCUCAACCUCUUUACGCAAAUCCAAGGUGAUCGAUGACUGUUCCAGUUUUGACCACCCUCCGUACCUUACGUAAGUAUUUUAGUCCCGGCCGUCUCUGUGGAGUCCGCAAAUCCCAAUCAUAUAUUCAUUAAUUAUACACAAAAAUAAUCUUUUGCGGCAAUCCUUAAAUAUAAAUCAUAAAUAACCACUUGAAUGUAAAUUCCCAUUAAAUCCGUUUACUCAUUUUACGCAGAAAAUCGACCAGGCAAAAGUGGCUCUAGUCACUGUAGAAGAUGUGAUCAGCUAUUUCAUAAUGUGAUAUUCAUUUCUUCAAAGCCGCUAAUUUGAGGGAUAACUCAUGAAUGGAAUGCAUGGUUACACAUUUCAGUCUCGUAUAGAUUUGUGAAUUUUGUUUAAAACAACUUGCCUUUAAACAUGAAACAACUUUAUCAGUAUUCGUCGUGUGGAUUCAAUUUAAGCCGAAAUCAAAUUAGCGAAUUAUAGUUUGAAAACAGAAUUAAAUUUAUCAUUUCUUUUCUUUGUUCAGACCGUAUUUAAUGUAUGGAAUUCAAUUCCUGAUUCACUUUAUUCACAAACAUAAUAUGAUAAUUAUUUUCUGUUGUCUGUACUAAUCGCUGACUAAUUUGUUAAAAGCAUCCGUUUUCUUUGGUAUGACGCGACCAUGGAGCAAACCCCUGGCCUCCUGCACUCGAAACAGGCACUCUGUUCAACUUGCAUGUACAUGAAAAAUAUAAUUUAUUUUGUAAGCAGUGCAUUCAUUUUUGAUUGCAUUUAUUUGAAUAAAUCGAAUAAUCGUAUUUUGUCAUAUGGUAUAUGCUUAUCAUCUACUUGGUUCAUUGUUUUAAUAUCAUGUAUUACUGUUUGAAAAUUUUUUAAGCUCAUAAUGCUGCAAUUUUGAAUAGGUGAAUUCACCUUUAACAAAAUUUAAUAUCGAUUAUUUCUGUAAAAAAGAACUUUAAUAAUGUUUACUAAUCUUUGACUAAC